AUGCCUCCUCUAAGACAGCCCAAAGUCGAGCCUUUACCGCCCGGUAUCGACCUCACCAACAAAACAGCCAUCGUCACAGGCGCAACAGCCGGCAUCGGCAUGGAACUAUCCCGCCAACUCCUCGAUCUUAAUCUAUCAACCCUGAUCCUCGCGGUUCGAAAUGUCUACAAAGGCGAAGAAGUCCGCAAGACACUUUCGGCUAUCAAUUCCAAAGCUGUCGUCCAAGUGAUGAAGCUUGACACUGCCGACUACGCCAGUGUGAAAGCCUUCGCUGAGACGUUUAAGAGCAAGCAUGGGAAACUUCACCUACUCAUGCUGAACGCUGGGAUAAGUGAUAUCACUUUUGGACUUGCGCCUACGGGGCAUGAGAAGAACUUUCAGGUUAAUUACCUGUCUAAUGUUCUGUUGACUUUGCUUCUUCUGCCUACCCUUGAACAUACAGCUGAGCUUGAGGGAGCACCUACGCGCAUUACAUGGACAGGAAGUCGUAUGCAUUUGCAAACAAGCCUCGGCAGCAAAGUCCCCCUCAAGAAAGACGAAGGCAUAUUCGAACACUUUGACGCACCGGGUGUGAUCCCUCCCCUGGCCCGCUACGGCGACACAAAGCUCCUCGUUCUUCUCUUCCAACACGAACUCGCCUCUCGCUACCCUCCCAAGAAAGUUAUAAUCAACCACUUCUGCCCCGGUAUGGUCGAUACAUCUCUAGCAGAUAUUCUUCCUGUUUAUAUCCGCCUUCCGGCGCUGAUGCUUAAGGCUCUGCGUGCGAGAUCGGUUGACAAGGCUGGAUGGAUCGGAUUACAUGCUGCGCUUGUGGUGGGCGAUGAAACACAUGGGAAGUUGUUGGGGGACAAGGAGAUUGCGGAUUUGGGUGAUUUUGUACCGUCGGAGGAGGGGAUGAGGAUUAGGAAGUUGUUGUGGGAGGAGACUGUUGGGGAGAUGAGGGGGUUGACCCAGGUGCCUUCAUGGAUGGAGUGA